CUCCCUUCAAAUUUCCAAUCCAAUGCAGACGCAAAACCUCUCAUUUCCUAAAACCCUAAACCCUCCCCUAACUUCAUCCUUCACAAAACCCCCUCACCCUCACUCCAAAUCCCUGACCCUGAUCCCGUCUCCCAAAUUCCCCAAACCCAUCUCCCUCAACCACCGCAAUGUCCGCGCGCUCGCCGGCCGGAGCAAGAAGUCCCCCGGCGGCUCUUCCCCCGGCCGUAUCGAGGGUGGUGCCGAGGUCCGCCGCGAGGCCAAGCGCAACGCCCGCCGGAAAAUGCAGAAACUUGCGGAGUCCCUCUUCUACCGCCUCAAGAACCCUCAUCGCAACUAUGCAGACAAUUUCAGCGAGGAGGAGCUCCAGAUGAUCGGUCUUGGCUACGACCGGAUGGUCCGGUUCAUGGAAAAGGACGACCCGAAUCUCCGACACCCCUACGACUGGUACAAGUAUGGCGAAUUUGGGCCGUAUUCGUGGCGCGGCAUCGUUUUGGGUGACCCGAUUCGCGGCAGGAUGUCGGACGAGUGCGUGACGUUGAUAGGAGAGGUGAAGGAUCAGGAAGAGUGGGAGAAGAUCGAGCAGCACGAAAUGGCCAUCGAUUUUGGUGAAAAAUUGAAUUCAAUGGAUAAGAGUGUAGGAUUUAGGUAUUUUUGGGUGUUUGUUAGGCACCCAAAGUGGAGACUCAAUGCAUUGCCAUGGCAGCAAUGGACCCUUGUGUGUGAAGUUGUGCUUGAGGCCGGAAAACAGAGAUUGGAUAAAUGGAGUUUGAUGGGGAGGCUAGGGAACAAGGCUAGGGCAUUGAUCACGCAGUGCGCAGCCUGGAUGAGACCCGAUAUCAUAUACGUCAAGCGGCCGGUGUACCAGUGCAGGUUUGAGCCUCAGGAUGAUUUUUUCCGGGCGCUGACGCCGCUCCUGGACCCGAAAACUGAAGGGGAUUUUCUGUUUGAGCUGAGGCAUGAGGAUGGGAGGGUGGAGGUGUGUACUUAUUUUGCUGGGUUGUGUAAGAUUGUGAAGGUGAAUCCAAAGGCAUUUGUGGAUGACGUUGUGAAGGCCUAUGAGAAGCUGAGCGAUGAGGGGAAGUCCAGGUGUUUGGAGUUUUUGUUAGGGAAUCACCCUGUUGAGCUCCUCCAUCCUUACACCAAGGAAUGGAAGGCCAAGUUGGAGGAGAUGGAAUUGGGUUGUGAUGCCCCUGAUGAUGAUGAUGAGGUUGGGAUUAAGGCCAAUGCCGGUGAGACAACCAUCACAGAUUGGAUUGAGGAUGAUGGGGAUGACCAGGAUGAUAAAAAUGUCGAUGGGGGUGAGGAUCGAGAUGAUGUAGUGAUGGAUAUAGAAGGUGGGGAUGACGAAUUGGGCAUCAAAGAGGAUGACCAGGAUGAUAAAAAUGUCGAUGGGGGUGAGGAUCGAGAUGAUAUAGUGAUGGAUAUAGAAGGUGGGGAUGACGAAUUGGGCAUCAAAGAGGAGGGUUCAGGUCCAGACGAUAACGAGGAGUACUGGGAUAAUGAAUUCAAGAAGGCGCUGAGCAGCAAUGAAGCAAUGGAGAAUCUAGCAAGGAGGAGUGUAGAGAGGUCUACUGAACUCUACAAGAGCCAGUUGAAAGCAAUGGAAGAAGGGAAGGGAAAGGCAAAGGAGGUUGAAGAAGAUGAGAUGAGGGGGAAGAGACCGAAAGUGAGUCAACAAGAGUGGAAGUAUGCCGGGUAUGGUCCAUGGAGGAGGAGGAUUAAGAAGAGUAAGAUGCCUCCGGAGCUGUUUUUGCGAGCGGCGGUGAGACCCUUCACGUAUCAGAGUCUAGUGAAGGAGAUUGUGUUGACAAGGCAUGCUAUUUUGGAUGGCGAAAUUGGUAGGAAGGAUUGAAGUGAUGGCUAUUGUGAAGGCCAUUUAGGAUUAUGUACCAGAGCCUAUGAUCAAUCAUCAAUUAUCAAAAGAUCUGCCAAGUUCAUUGCUAGAGGACAUUACCACUGAGUUACAUAGUUGCUGUUGCUAGAGCUCAAAUUCCUAUCGAGUUACACCUGCAAACCGACUUAUAAGUCAAAAGCUCAGUUAAACUUGAGCUCGGGUAUGCCUUUCUUCUAAUAUUAAUUAUAAGAAGAGCUUAUGAGCUAAAAAAUUAAGUCAAAAACAGGUUUAUGUACGAAGUUAUUUCAUGUUUAAUGACAAGUUUCCGAUAUCACAAA